AUGGCUACCCCUGGCCAACCCAGCAUGAUAGACCCCUCGAUUCCUCCUUCAGAUUGUUCUUGCAAGCUCACGCGAGUCCCUCCUGAGGUCGCGCUCAACAUCGUGAAGAACGUUACCAGCAAGACAGACUUGCUGAACGUCAUGGUCACCUGCAAACACCCCAAAGACCCAGCAGAGACCAUGUUGUGGAAUGUCUGCAACACCAGGGGCUAUGAGAAGCUCCUCAGUCUUACACCCAUCGAGCAAAAACAUCACAAAACCAAGGUGCAUACUUUACUGCUCGACUUCAAGGACAACGGUCUUCAACCUAAAGACCUGGAGCUACAGUUGCCUUGCCUUCGAGAUCUCAGUAUCGUUCAUUGGUCCCACAAUCCUGUCAAUGUGCAGGUCAACGUCAGCAAGCUCAUCACGCCGAAUCUUAAUCAUCUGACAAUCGCCAACGGCAGCACUGACAACUUCCUCCCUGCACUGCGUCAAGCCAAGCACCUUGAGGUCUUGUAUCUGGCAUUGCCCGUCAGAGUCAAUGGAGUUGAUCCGUCGCAACUCUUGUCCUUGGUACGCACUAUGCCCCAUCUAACCACGCUUGAUGGAGAUCUCACAGCAAGGAUGCAAGCAAGCGCAGCAGUUUUGCUGUUGGGGAAUCUGCCUCAACUCAAGAAGUUGUCGCUCCACGUUACUACAGCACUCUCUCCAGGCGAGGUUUACACUUCUGCCGUCAUUGCAGUCAUUAGAGCGGUUGGCGCAAAGAUCGACCUCUCACACAUGUGGCUGUCGUUCAGCAGCGUCCCCAUCACCAUCGACAUCAAGCAUUUCGAACCCUUGAAGAAUCUGGUUCACCUUGAGUUAUUUGCUUUGGCCCAUCAGUUCGACGUACAUUUCCGAGUGACUGACGAUCCGCAACCCUUCUCCUCGUUGUGUCCUCUCCGCGUUCUCUUCCUCGAUGCCAUGAGCAUGACUUCCAGCGACGACUUCGAAUGUAUCGCAAGCAACCACCCAGACCUUCGAGAACUGGUCUACAAAAGACAGUUGGAUUUCAGCCAGUUGUCUUCGCAGUUCCCAUCGCUUUUGUGGAUGGACGUGAGCUCAACAGACAUUGUCCUGACAGAAUCGAACUGGUAA